AUGGAAUGCAGAACUCUUAUGGUGCAAUUUGGUCAAGUAGGUUUGAAGCCUUCUCAAAUUAAAAAGGCUAUUAACGCAAUGAAAACUUCAGAUGAAGCCGAUGUUACUUCAAAGCAAUGUGCUGAUGUCUUAUCCGAGCAACGAAAACAGUAUAGGGGAAAGGAGUUUUAUGGACUUAUAAAGCAUUUCCAAGAUAAAGCAUUAGUGGAUAAUGACCAGUAUUUUGUUGUGGACUUGUGUGAUGAUGGUUCUCCUAGGAAUAUAUUUUGGGCUAAUGGAAGAUCAAGAGACGCCUAUACUAAGUUUGGAGAUGUUGUUGUGUUUGAUGUCACUUAUAUGACAAACAAAUACAAAAUGCCAUUUGCUCCCUUUAUAGGGGUUAAUCAUCAUCGGCAAUCUAUACUUUUUGGUGGAGCAUUGCUAGAAAACGAAAAAGAAGAAACAUUUGUAUGGUUAUUCGAGAAUUUCCUAACGUGUAGGUUUCACAAGCAUCCAAAGGCAAUCAUUACGGAUCAAGACAAAGCGAUCGGUAAUGCGAUAAAAAAAGUGUUUCCAAACACUCGACACCGCUUUUGUGAAUGGCAUAUUAAAAGGCACGAACCGGAACACAUUCGCCCAUUUGUUGCCCGUUAUAGUGAUUUUCAGGAAUCUUAUAGACAUUGGGUAAACAGUGACACCAUUGAAGAAUUUGAAAAAAAGUUUGAAGUUAUGCGUAGUAGGUAUAACCUGGAACAUAAUUGUUGGAUAAAUGAAAUGUAUAACCAACGGAUACAUUGGGCAAAACCUUUCUUCAAAGAUAUUUUCUUGGCCGUAGAGACUCGAAGGGCUGCCGAAGAAGAUGAAGACUUCAAGACUAUGAACUCGAGGGCAGUUCUUUCUUCUGUGCAUCCAAUCGAAGCAAAAGCAGGUGAGUGUUACACUAGAAAAGUUUUUGAGGUUUUUAAAAAUGAAUGGAUGGAAGCCACUAACAAUUUAAUUCAUGAGAUGUUAAGAAAAAGUAAAGAAGAAAUUAUAUACCGAGUUGGGCAACUUGACAUUGAUAAAACAUAUUGGCGAACUGUUACCUUCCGUUCUAUGAGUGAAAUGAAUGUCACAUGUUCAUGUGCUAAGUAUGAAAUAUGUGGGAUUUUAUGUAAGCAUUGCUUGUAUGUUAUGAAGAAGAGGCAUGUUGAAACACUUCCGAAUCACUAUAUUUUACCACGGUGGACCCUUAAUGCUAGGUAUAAGGUGGGUAAUAGUAGUAUCGGACUAGAGGAAAUGAAUAAUGAAAAUGGGGUGAGCGCAUUCACUUUGUGGUGUGUCCGUUUAAAUUUUACCAAAGUUAUUGAACAAGCAAAGGAAUCCCCUUUAAAAAUAGAUAAAGUCAAUACUGUAUUGAUAAAGCUUUUAGAUGAUCUAACAAUUCACGAAAAGCCUAAAGCAUUUGAAAAUGCAUCUCAAGGUUGUUCUACUGGAAUUUCACAAGUAGAUAUGAUGCCUCAAUUGUUUGUACGGGAUCCUAUUGGUCCAACUAAUACAAAAGGGCGGCCUAAAAAUGCUACAAGAAUUAAGUCUUCAUUAGAAAUGCCGAAGAAAAGAACUUGCUCUUACUGUCAAGGAUUGGGUCACUACGCCACUAGUUGUUCAAAAAGAAAGGCGGAUGAAUUGUUGCAAGAGAAACAAUGGUGA